CUGUGUGUGUGUUGAUGAUGUUGUUGAGUGGGGACAGAAAGGAACGUAGCUGUUCUACACACACUCCACUUUAUCCGGCGUGUUCUCUGUCUCGAAUAACCUUCUUGGUCAAACGGAGGGGGAAGUUAACUUUAGGAGGGAACGGUCAAUAGAAAAGGAUGAAGCUUUAAUGUGACCCUUCUCUUGGACGCCAUGGACCUGAACUGGAGAUUCAACCAGUGACAGGGGCCUGCAGACAACCACAACUGAUCAAGACACACACACACACACACACACACCAUGAAUUGGCUCACCUCCUGAACCCUCCUACGCACGCACGCACGCACGCACGCUCGCACACACGCAGACACAUACACACACACACACACACACACACACACACACACACACACACGUGUGCCAUGGGCUCGGUGUACAUGUGGAAGCUCUCCUCCCAGAAGCUGGGCCUGUGUCUGGUGGGCUUCGGCUUCAUCUGGGGCAUGAUGCUGCUACACUUCACCGUCCAGCAGAGCGCCAGCCACGAGAGCAGCACUGCCCUGCGCCUGCAGAUCCUCGACCUCAGCAAGCGCUACAUCAAGGCCCUGGCCGAGGAGAACCAGGACGUGAUGGACGGGCCCUACGUGGGGACCAUGACAGCAUAUGAUCUAAAGAAAACCCUGGCGGUACUCCUAGACAACAUCUUACUCCGGCUGGGAAAGCUGGAAGCCAAAGUGGACAACAUUGUGUAUAACGGCACGGGGGGGAACCUGACCAAUGGAACGGCCGGCACAGCCACGCCUGCGGCGGGGAACAGCGAGAAGGUCAACGUGGCAGACCUCCUGAAUGGAGCCCAGGAGAAGUGUGAGCUCCCCCCUCUCGACGGGUUCCCUCACUGCGAGGCCAAGUUGAAGUGGAUGAAGGACAUGUGGCGGUCGGACGCCUGCUACGGUAACUACGGUGUUGACGGCUCCACCUGUUCGGCCUUCAUCUACCUGAGUGAGGUGGAGAACUGGUGCCCUCGUCUUCCCUGGAGGCAGAGGAACCGGGACGAGGAAGCAGAGAAAAAGAGUGAGACGCAGGUCCAGACCAGCUUUGACGGGCUGUACCGGGUCAUGUCCCGUCGGGAGGAGUUCCGCUGGAUGAUGCUUCGGAUCAAACGCAUGGCAGAACCCUGGCUCAGCGCCAUCCGGUCCCUGGCUGAGAAACAGGACCUGGGCAAGCGCAAGCGCAAGAAGAUCCUGGUGCAUUUGGGCCUGCUGACGAAGGAGUCGGGGUUCAAGAUCGCAGAGAACGCCUUCAGUGGGGGGCCCCUGGGGGAGCUGGUGCAGUGGAGCGACCUCAUCACCACCCUCUACCUGCUGGGCCAUGACAUCCGCAUCUCCGCCUCAAUCAACGAGCUCAAAGAGAUCAUGAGAAAGGUCAUGGGGAACAAGUCCAGCUGCCCAACCCUGGGGGACAAGGUGGUGGAACUCAUAUACAUCGACAUUGUGGGCCUGGGCCAGUUCAGAAAGGCGCUGGGGCCGUCCUGGGUCCACUACCAGUGUAUGCUGCGGGUUUUGGAUUCCUUCGGUACCGAACCUGAGUUCAACCACGCUCACUACGCGCAAUCCAAGGGGCACAAGACCCCCUGGGGCAAGUGGAACCUCAACCCCCAGCAGUUCAACACCAUGCUCCCUCACACUCCAGAUAACACCUUCCUGGGGUUUGUGGUGGAGCAGCACCUGAAUGCCAGUGACAUCAGACGCAUCGAUGACAUCAAGAGACAGAACCAGUCACUGGUCUACGGAAAAGUGGACAGCUUCUGGAAGGACAAGAAGGACUACCUGGACAUCAUCCACAGGUACACAGAGGUCCACGGCACGGUCCAUGGAACCAGCACGGUCCACCUGCCCGCCUACGUGAAGAACCACGGCAUCCUGAGCGGCAGAGACCUGCAGCUUCUGCUGAGGGAGACCAAGCUGUUCGUGGGGCUGUCCUUCCCCUAUGAAGGCCCCGCCCCCCUGGAGGCCAUAGCCAAUGGGUGCACUUUCCUCAACCCCAAAUUCAACCCCCCGAAGAGCUCCAAGAACACCGACUUCUUCAAAGGAAAGCCCACGUUACGAGAGCUGACAUCCCAGCACCCGUACGCAGAGGUGUACAUUGGUCAGCCCCACGUCUGGACCGUCAACAUCGACAACACCUCCGAGGUGGAGAGAGCCGUCAGGUCCAUCCUCAGCCAGAAGAUUGAGCCCUACCUGCCCUACGAGUUCACCUGUGAGGGGAUGCUCCAGAGGGUGAACGCUUUCAUCGAGAAUCAGGACUUCUGCCACGGCCAGGUGAUGUGGCCCCCGCUGAGCGUGCUCCAGGUGAAGCUGGCUGCCCCAGGGAAGUCCUGUAAGCAGGUCUGUCAGGAGGAGCAGCUCAUCUGCGAGCCGUCCUUCUUCCAGCACCUCAACAAGGACAAGGACCUGGUCAAGUUUGGGAUAGACUGCCGGAUAGUGGAGUCCGCGGCCGACACGGUGGUGCCGGCGUUCGACGAGGCCACGGGGCACUGUGUGUUCCAGUCGGACCUCCUGCUGUUCAGCUGCGCCGGGGCGCACGGCUCCCUGAAACGCAUCUGCCCCUGCAGAGACUACAUGAAGGGCCAGGUGGCGCUCUGCAAGGGCUGCCUAUAGCCCUGCUCCCAACCCUCAUCCUCCCUGCCUCCCCCCCCCCCGUCCCCUGCCCUCAUUGGAGCAGCCAGACCAGGGAGGUGCAGUCCCAAAAAGAAGCAGGCAGUUGAACUCCACGAAGGCUCCCAACGCGCCAGGAGUGAGAAGGUUGCUGGGCACCAUCUUUAUUUACGGCUUUUUCCACCCCCCUUCUCCUGUGGGAUAUGCGCGUUUCACAUCUGAGGACGCGGAUUGUCGCAAACCAAGGGAUCAGAUGGUGGAAUAGAUGUGGCAGAGAAAGGGAUGUCUGUGGAUUAUACCAUUUGACAUUACAAGGGGGGCGACAAUGUGUAUAUAUGUGUACAUACAAAAAAAAAAACCUCUCCAAUGUCAGCCUGAUAUACUUGAAUACAGGUAACGUGUAAAGAAGCUGAAACAUGCCAGUACUCUGCACUGCCCCCUGGCUGCUUGACUGGUGCUGCAGAGCAGCAAACUUCACUUAAUCCUGCCGUUUGGGUUCGGUCUCCUGAAUGACAUAGUCGCGCCGCGGGACCAAUACGCCGGUUCAUGUUCGGAACCAGAACCGUCCCCCUGCCCCGAACGGCUCUACCAUUUAGCAGUUUUCUCUUCUUUGUUUAAGUUUGUAGAUUUGCACUGGUGAGUUCUUUUUUUCAGAGGUGCCAGUGGGUGUGUGUUCACUCCCAGUUAUGUCCCGACACUGUAAAUGUACCGCCAUAUGUAGCCAAGCCACAUGUCCGUCCAGGAGAUAGGCGGUCGGAAGUUGUAAAGUUUAUUAGGAACGCGCGAUCUCUCUUAUUGCUGAAAUCUGUACAAAAUCACAAUGGAUCAUGACGAAUUGUGUAUUUAUAGGUGGGUGUCUAUAUUUAUUUAUACAAAGAAAUGAAAAACACAUGGAUGGAUAUGUGUAGGCUACAUACCUACGCAUGUCAGGAUGUUAGCGCUCCUCACAGAAUUAAAAGCAUUUAAAACCAUUAAUGGGCCUCCAUGUUUUUAGAUUUGGAUAUUUUUAAUGAUUAUAUGAAUAGAUCUACUGGUUUACCUACUUGUUGAUAGGGAACUGCUGAAGUAGUGUAAAAGUCGUGAGAAAAAUGCACUAUGCGAUAUACUCGCUAAAGAUGAACAAAUGUUAUAGACACUGAAUACUAUUCUUAUCGGGGUUUGUUUUUUUUAAUUUAUUUUGUACAGAGAUCUUUGUCACAGGUGUUUGCUGAAUGAAAUGAUAGUUUACUUAUUUUUGUUUAUUUAUAGUAGAUGGUAAGGGAAAUUCGAUAUUUUAAGGUUAUUUUAUUUAAUGGAAAUGAAGUGCGAUCACUUUUGUGUGUAUACUGUCCGUGGGAAUUGUUCGUUCGGAAUAGAGCGCCAGUAAGUAUCUUGUGAAAUCUUGUGCCCAGCGCUAAAAACAUCACGUUUUCUAAAGAAAUCGAAGUGCCUGCCAGUAGGAAUUUAUGUGCACAUAAAGGGGCAAAUUAAGGAUAGAUUCAAUCUAACAUGCAAUGCACUUCAGCCUUAACUUUGAGCAGUCUUUGCAUAUUUGUUGGUAUCGGUGAUAUAUUGUUGAAAUAUUCCUAAAAUAUUUCUACUAAGUGUGUUGUCAAGAAAAGGCGAAGUGUACAGAAAUGCUUUGUGAGUCAAAAGUUAAGGGAAAAGUGGUUUUGAGUUUAGUUUGAGUCAAGGCCUGGUUUCUCUUUAAAAAUCAGAACUCCAUUUUGUAUUUUGCAUCAAGCAAGAAGUAGUUGCAGGAUACUUGCUGAGGGGCUGAUUCAGUGUAUAUCAACACUGAUCGAUGUGUACCAUCACAGUGCAUAGUGUUAAUUGGCUAACAGGACUGGGCAUCACACAGUCUAAUUCUGCCUAAAUGCCAGCAAGAACUUUAUUUUCAUGUUUUAUUUUUAGUUUAGAUCACAAUUUGAUUUGCACAUCUGUCAAUACAGUCUAAUAUCUAUUUAGUCCGCCACUGUAAGCUGUUUAUUAACACAAUAUAUGAACACUGAUGUAAUUACAGGGAUGUAUUCACUGGGCAACAGAUACAGUCAGCUGCAGAAUUAUUGGCACCCUUAAUACUGUAGUAAUGAAGAAAAAAGCCUUCAACAGAUACUGGUAAUCUAUUUGUUAUGUUCAAACAUACUGUAUAGGAGAACUACAUACUUUAAUUUCAAUUAAUUUAAUUUAUGUUUGUCAGUGUGUUUUUCUCAAGUAAUCUCAUUUUUUUGAAGACGAUGGGUAUUGGCAUCCCUAACAAUUAUUGUAAAUAAAAUCAAACAAACUUAAAUAGCUAAUAUAAUUGUACUUAAGUUAGUCUAAAGGAACUAUAUUGUGUCAUUCCAUCACUUCCUCUUUCACUAGGGUAUAAAAAUGACGUAACACGCAUGCAAAAUCCCUUUGUCAUCCAUCAGCAUGGGAAAGGCCAAAGAACUAUCUAUUGCAAAGAGACGGAUGGUAAUUGACUGUCCAGUAAUGGGUACAAAAAAUAAACAUAAAUGAUUAAACAUACCACUUAGCAUUGUAAGGGAAAUAAUAAAAACAUAAAACUAAUGGAAUGGUUACAAACUAGCCAGGAAGAGGACACAAGUACACAUUGUCCCUGCAGAUGGUAAAGAAGAUGUUUAGGGAGGCAUUAAAGAACCCAGGGAUCACAAUUUUAAGAAUUGCAGAUUGGUUGCAUCUUGGGGUCACCAAGUACCAAAAAGAACCAUAAGAUGCCACCAUCUGCAAACUCUUUGGAAGUGUUAUGUUUUGUGUGCAUAUUUAUCAAGGGUGGCAAUAAUUCUGGAGCCCACUGUACAUUAAUAUUACAUUAACAUUUUGCGAGUGUGCCAGUCUUUUUUUUAUUGUUCCUAUAUGUUCCUGUGACUCAUCGCAAGUAUUUGUGUGCGUUUUAUUUAUGUAACGUGUGCCUUGUUAUGAUUUUGUGGAUGCGCUUGCCUUCUGUCUCAAAAGUGCUGUCUUCUGAGUAACCAUUGGAACAGCCACGGCUGUAUGAUUGGUUGUGAUUGUGUCUAAUGCUUUUAUAAAAUCACCCAGAGGGAGAAUUGCAUGGAUUCAUAUCAAUUUCUGAAUUGGUAUUGCGUUUUUGCUUUCUGUCAAAACUCAAAACCGUCUUCACUCUCUCUCACUGGGUUUUUACAGGACAGUAAUUAGUCCAGUCAAUCCUUUACUGGGUUUUAGUUUUGCCGAUUAGCGUUUGAAAAGUGUCAGAUCUUCAGCACUAGCGGAAAUGGUAACAUUAGCAUUCGUUAUCAUUGAGAUAAGACGACAAAGACACCUGGAGCCUACUUUACAGUGGAGGGGUUUUCGUAUCUUAACUGUAGGAGAAUGUUAUGUUAAGUCAAGUUUUUUAUUGAAAUUAACAGCAUUCUUUCACAGAACCUUUUGGAAAGGAGCAUUUUUUUUAUGGUGUGUGCUGUUUGUAACCUUGGAAGUGUUUGUGAAAGGUAGUGACAAAAAGAGGCGGGAGAUAAAGAAAGAAUAAACCAGAUUUUGUUUUCACCCUUGAAUACGCAGGAUAAAACUUUAUUUUUCAAUAAACCUUUUUCUGUGACGAAGGAA